ACGGGGAGGGGGAGGGGCGAGGACUCCGCGGGCUGGCUGGAUCUACAGGGAGGCGGUGUCUCAGGAGACCUACGUGAAAGGGUCGGAAGCCUUGAUGUUUGAGUAGACAAGAAACUAUGAGUGGAGAAUCUCAAGUCCACAUUUUUUGGGGUGCUCCAGUUGGUCCAUUGAACAUGACAGUAUCACCAGAACCAACUUCUUUAAUGUCUACCGAGAACCCUUGGAAAAAGAUUCAGCUUUUAUACCACCAACAUUCUUUACAUCUGAGGGAUGAAAACUGCAUGCAUGAAACUCUUGAAGACAAUUCAGUUCUAGAAGCUAAUGGCCCUCUAGAUUUUCCGAAUGCUCACUUUUUAACAAACUCUAUGGGUGAAACUGUUCAUGUGAAAGAAGACUCUAUAGAUUGUAUUUCUGAAACACAGACUGUAAAAUCUCAGGAGAGUCCCCCUUUAGGAGUGAGAGAGAGAACCAGCUCCAAUGUGCAAAUAUGUGGGUUUAAGGGCAAAGUUCAGCAUUUAACGGAAGAAGAAAAGUUUCAAAAUCUUCUCAGUGAAAAUAAGAAAAUUACAGAUGAACAGCAUAAAGAUCAGUCAAAUACAUGUGGUGAGAACUUUCAGAAAAACUUCUUUCAGUUAGAUCAUAAGUGUGCAGCUACACUAGAUUUGGUCUGUAGUAUGGAAAAGAUUAAUGUAGGGCUGGGAGCAAUUGAAACAAAGUGUGGGCCAACAGAGCAUCAUGAGGUACAAAACCAGGGUCUGGAGUUCUUUUCCUCUGACACAGAAGAUAAGCCAAGGUCCGAAGCUGUUAGAAAGGUCACAGACCUUAAAAUAUCUACCAAUACUGAAUUUCUUACUAUAAUGACCUCCAGCCAGGUUGCUUUUUUAUCUCAAAGGAAGUCUAAAGGACAGAAUUUUAUCAAUAAAGGGCCUGUAAGCGAACCAAAGGCAAAUCAUAGGGAAAUAAGAAUACUUGAAGAUAAUUUGACUCAGCCUAAUGAUGACUUCGCAGGAGGAUGUGAAAGUGGACAAAAUCAAGCACAUUCCCUUGAACUCUUUAGUCCUGUUUGUCCUGAAGCAAAAAGUAGUGACACUCACAUGAAGUCUGAGAAAAGUCUCGAAGAAAAUAGAGGAUCUCAAGCUCUUUUCAAUUUUGAAGACAAACUGCCACCCAGUGAUGUAUGUAUCGAGUCAUAUAGCUCAGGAAUGCUGUGUUCCCAACUAAAUACCUUCCACAAAAGUUCUGUUAAAAGAAGUUGGAUCUCUGAAGACAAGUUGGGCCAUUCCAAAGCUCUGUCUAAAGUCCUCCAACCAUCCAAGAAAAUUAAGUUGGUCUCUGAUGCAGGAGAUCCUACUGCAACAAUGGACCAGAGGAAUGUGUCUAAAUUUAAGGGGAUUAAAAAAACAUCAUUAAUACAAAAUUGUGAUUCUAAAAGUCAGAAGUAUAGUUGUUUAGUCAUGGUAUUAUCUCCAUGUCAUGUGAAAGAAAUAAGUAUAAAAUCUGGACCAAAUUCUGGCUCUAAAGUGCCUUUAGGAACAAUUGUGGUAACGGACCAGUCAGGAAUUAAGAAGAAGGUCUUUCUGUGGAGGGCUGCAGCAUUUUGGGCACUUAUAGUGUUUCCUGGAGAUAUAAUUUUGCUCACAGAUGUUACUGUUUAUGAAGAUCAUUGGAUUGGUGAGACAGUACUACAAUCAACAUUUACCAGUCAGUUAUUAAAUCUUGGGAGUUACUCAUCUGUCCAGUCUGAAGAGUACUCCAAUAUAGUUAAUGAUGUUGUACUUCGAGACUUACUGGCAUAUGUGUCUUCAAAACAUUCCUAUCUCAGGGAUCUUCCUCAGAGGCAGCCCCAGAAAAUGAACAGUAUAGAAUUUGUAGAUUUGGAGCAGCUGCAGCCAGACGUAUUGGUCCACGCAGUAGUAAGAGUUAUUGAUAUCACUGUACUGACAGAGGCAUUAUACAGUUAUAGAGGACAGAAGCAAAGGAAAGUUAUGUUAACAGUGGAACAGGUCCAAGGUCAACAUUAUGUGCUUGUAUUAUGGGGUCCUGGAGCAGCCUGGUACCCUCAACUUCAAAGGAAAAAAGAUUAUAUUUGGGAAUUUAAAUAUCUUUUUGUUCAGCGCAAUGACAUUCUAGAAAGCCUAGAAUUGCAUACAACAUUUUGGUCAUCCUGUGAGUGCCUGUUUGACGAUGAUAUAAGGGCAAUUACAUUUAAAGCAAAAUUUCAAAAAAGCAUGCCCUCCUUUGUGAAGAUGUCAGAUUUAGCAACACACAUGGAGGAUAAGCGUUCAGGAGUGAUUCUGAUCAAAGCCCAGAUUUUAGAGUUAGUGAUUCCUAUGCCAGCAGCUCAGAAGAUAGCUCUGAAUGCCCGCAGCUCUCUGAGGAGCAUCUUCUCUUCUCUUCCGGACAUUGUGUAUGCCGGCUGUGCAAAAUGCGGACUGGAACUGGAAACAGACAAGAACAAGAUCUAUAAACAGUGUUACAGCUGCUUGCCCUUUACUAUGAAGAAGCUAUACUACAGGCCAGCUGUAAUGACCAUAGCUGAUGGAAUAUAUAAGGUUUGCAUCCACGUAGGAUCAAAGCUGAUCGAGAAGAUUCUUCUCAACAUUUCCCCUGACUGGCUCAACAGAGUUGUAGCGCCUCCCUCAGAGAUCACCUAUGCCAUGGUGGCGGCCGACUUGAUCCACUCGCUGGUGGCCGGUGGCGGUGCCCCUUGUGCAGUGAAGGCACAGAGCCUCUUCGUGUUGGAUGAAAACAGCUGCCCGCUGCAACAAGAGUUCUCCCUACUAGAUUUUUAUCCUGACAGUGGCAAGCCUGUACCCAGUGCCCUCCUCUGAGACCGGAGGGGAAGUUGCAGGAACGUUCUGUGAGGUUUUCUGUCUGUUGUUUGGUCUUUUCCUUUCCUGCUUCGAGAGGAAGGAUCUGGCAAUAAAGGCCAUAUGUAGCACUUCCCUGGGAAGUUCACUGUUGGUCCCUGCUCCAUUCCAGCACUCUACUAAGGACCCAGGACACAGACAAAAGAUAUUUUCUCAGGAGUGGCUUUUCUGUCAUGCUCACAAACUCUCAGUGCUUUCCCUUUAAUAAACUGUCAAUGUGAAAUGAUUUCCUCUGUUGUAAUUAUACAUGGGAAUGGGUUAGUUUGUAUAAGCCUGUCUUUAGACAAGUUCAAGACAAGCAUGUCUUUCUAUAAAGAAGCAAUGAAAAUGAAGGAAACAGAUCCUGCUUCAACUCAUUUUAUAAAAGGAGGAAGAGAGUCAUGUUGUUAGUUCAUUUCUAGGAUCUCAGUGCCUUACUGAGUUUACUUACUAACAAACAUUUAGUGAUUUGUUCUCUCAUUAGGAUUGUAGAAGAAUAAAGUAGUAGUCACCGUAUAAAAUAGUAGUCACUGAUGAGGAAAUGUGGAAGGACACCUAACCUGGAAGUCUGGAGUAUACUGAGGGUUAAGAGGUUAAAAAUAUUGCUUGA